AACACCGUGGAUAAGAUCCUGAAGAAGACCAACCUGGCUCUGGUGAUCGGGACGAACAGCUGGAGGGAACAGUUUGUGGACGCCAUCACCGUCAACUCCGGUGAUGAUGAUGAAGAUGGAUGUGGCGAGGAGAAGCUGCCCUCCUGCUUCGACUACGUCAUGCACUUCCUCACCGUCUUCUGGAAGAUUCUGUUUGCGCUGGUCCCCCCCACGGACUACCUGAACGGCUGGGCCUGCUUCGUGGUCUCCAUCUCGGGCAUCGGCCUGCUGACCGCCGUCAUCGGAGACCUUGCGUCGCACUUCGGAUGCACCGUGGGCCUCAAAGACUCCGUCACCGCCGUGGUGUUCGUGGCUCUGGGAACAUCCGUGCCAGACACCUUUGCCAGUAAGGUGUCUGCCAUCCAGGACCAAUACGCUGACGCCUCCAUCGGCAACGUGACAGGAAGUAACGCCGUCAACGUGUUCCUGGGUAUCGGCGUGGCCUGGUCCAUCGCCGCCAUCUACCACGCCAUCCACGGCGAGGAGUUCCGCGUGGACCCGGGAACCCUGGCGUUCUCCGUCACGCUCUUCUGCAUCUUCGCCUUCAUCUGCAUCGGCGUGCUCCUGUACCGGCGCCGGCCCUCCAUCGGGGGCGAGCUGGGCGGGCCGCGGGUCCCAAAGAUCCUGACCAGCUGCCUGUUCUUCAGCCUGUGGCUCCUGUACAUCGUGUUCUCCUCACUGGAGGCCUACUGCCACGUCCAGGGGUUCUAACGUUCUGCUGCAGAGACUCAAGAACGGUUCCUGAUGAACUGAUGGAGCUUCCAAAAAGGUUCCAAAGGCUUCCAAUGGGUUCCAAAGGCUUACUAUGGGUUCCAAAGGGUUCCUAUGGGUUCCAAAGGGUUCCAAUGGGUUCCAAAGGCUUCCAAUGGGUUCCAAUGGGUUCCAAUGGGUUCCAAAGGCUUCCUAUGGGUUCCAAUGGGUUCCUAUGGGUUCCAAUGGGUUCCAAAGGCUUCCUAUGGGUUCCUAUGGGUUCCAAUGGGUUCCAAUGGGUUCCAAAGGGUUCCAAUGGGUUUUAUAGAGUUCCAAUGGGUUACAAAGGUUCUGAAGGGUUCCAAUGAGUUUAAAGGGAUCCAUUGGGGUCCUAAUGGUUCUAAAGGGUUCCAAUUGGUUAUAAAUGUUCCGAAAGGUUCCGAAUGGAUUGCAAUGGGUUCUAUUGGGAAUCAAUGGUUUUUGACGUGUUCUUGUGUUUUCUAAAGGGUUCUAAAGGGUUCUAAAGGGUUCUAAAGGGUUCUAUAGAGUUCCAAUUGGUUAUAAAGGUUCUGGGUUCCAAAGGGUUCCAAAGGGUUCCAUUGGGGUCCAAUAGGUUCCACAGUGUUUCAAUGGCUUAUGAUGGGUAUUCAUUGAUUCUAGAGGGGUUUAAUUGCUUCCAAUGGGAUCCAAAUGGUUCCAAAGGUUAUUAAGGGUUAUAAGGGUUAUAAAGGUUCUAAAGUGUUCCACUGGGUUAUAAUGAGUUCUAAUUGGAUUCUGCUUGUGUUGGAAAGAAACUAAGUACAUUUAAUAAGUACUGUACAAUUAUGAGGUACUU